AUGCUCCAGGUUCGUGCGUCCCCGACCUUCCUCCCCUCCACCACCUCCUCCUCCUCCCCACCAUCCUCGUCGCAGGCGCCGACGCCCUUCCCGUUCUCGGGGAAGAGCCAGCGGCGCGGCGGGCUGGUCGCGGUGCCGUCGACGAACCGCGUGGCGAGGCGGUCCGUCAUCAUGGCAGCGGCGGUGGCAGCCAAGCUCGAGGACGCCGACGCGCUCAUCGACUCCGUCGAGACCUUCAUCUUCGACUGCGACGGUCAGAUACCACACCGAUCACCGCCGGCUUCUUGGGUAGUGGGUGUGUGCCGUGCUUACUGCUUAAAUUGGCGCGUCAUCUCUGCGUGUGCCGCGCAGGGCAAGAGGCUGGUGUUCGUGACCAACAACUCCACCAAGUCGAGGAAGCAGUAUGGCAAGAAGUUCGAGACGCUGGGAAUGAGCAUCGAUGAGGAAGAGAUCUUCGCUUCGUCUUUUGCAGCUGCUGCGUACCUGCAGUCCAUCGAUUUCCCCAAGGACAAGAAGGUGGGAGCAGUUGUGGUUGGAUUUGAUCGCUACUUUAACUACCACAAAGUUCAGUAUGGGACACUAUGCAUCCGUGAGAAUACAGGGUGCCUUUUCAUCGCAACAAACAGGGAUGUUGUCACUCAUCUUACUGAUGCCCAAGAAUGGGCAGGUGUGACUUCCCUGCAGACGCUUCAGAGCCCCGACAACUCGAUCCAGACAGAUUUCUACACAAAUCAACUUUCCGAUUUUCUCAACCUCAAAGCAGCAACUGUCUGA